UUAUGCCACAGCUCAACCCUCGUUGUUCCCUUCUUCAGUUGCAGAGAGCUCUUGACCCUCUAUUCGAAGCGUAUCGCUGAUCACUGCAACAAGAGCAUCUGGGAUAGUGACAGCUUAGCACGCCAAGUUCACUCCACCUCAUUACAGUCCGACAGUAGUCGCAAGAGACCUACAUAAUACUGAGCACACGUUAUGGCUAGCCACGCGAAUGCGGGCAAGAAGGCACUGGAGGCCAAGGACUGGUCCUCAGCAAUCACUCACUACACCCACGCCAUCGCCGACUCACCUACCUCCCCAGACUACCUGAUCCAGCGUUCAACAGCCUACCAGCGUGCCGGACAGUAUCCAGAAGCUCUACGGGAUGCCGAAAACGCCGUAUUGGCAGCGCAGAAACGGGCGAAGCGGGAGGCUAUCGUGGAGGCACAAUUUAGGAGGGGUGUGGCAUGUUACAGCCUAGAAAGGUAUGGCGAUGCAGAAUUCCUGUUCAAGUUGGUGGAGCGCAUGGAUGGGAAGCAUAAGAUGGUGAAGAUCUGGCAGGGCAGGGUCGCGAUAUCAUUGAAGGACCUCGGGGACGGAGGCGAGAAGGCAGUGUGCAACAUCAAGGAAACGCCGGAAGCUAAGAGUGAAGCAAUCGCAACAAAUGUGACGAACGGGACAGCUACAGCGACCAACGGUCAUUCAACAUGUACGUCAGCACAACCGUCACCAACACCCGCGCCACAGCAAACACCCGCGGACAAGAUACGGCACGAAUGGUACCAGAACACGCAGAAUAUCUAUCUCACCUUGCUCGCGAAAGGUGUGCCAGCGGACAAAGCUUCGAUCGACAUCACAGCCCGUUCGCUCAGCAUAUCGUUCCCGCUAAUCACGGGCUCAUCGUACGAUCUUACGCUUGAACCACUUUACGCCGAUGUCGUUCCGGAGAAGUGCAUCAAGCGGAUCAUGUCCACGAAGGUCGAAGUCAUCCUCGUGAAGAAGGUUGAGGGCGAGAAAUGGAAGUCGCUCGAAAGCACCGAACCGCCACCCACCAAGCUCGACACACCCGUGGCAGAGUCUAAGAGUGAUGCCGUCAAACAAGCGGUGCUGAAUCCCACUUCUACGACCGCACCUAGCUAUCCAACCUCCAGCAAGCACGGUCCCAAGGAUUGGGAUAAAGUAACUAAAGAGGCCGCUGCUGAGCUCCGCGAUCCUGCCAAGGCGAAAGACGGUGAGGAUGAAGAUGACUACGAAGGUGGUGACGAAGCCAAUGCAUUCUUCAAGAAACUGUUCAAGAACGCCUCUCCGGACGUACAGCGUGCGAUGAUGAAGAGCUACCAGGAAAGUAAUGGCACGGCACUCAGCACCAACUGGGAUGAAGUGAGUAAGGGACCAGUGGAGACGCAUCCGCCGGAUGGAAUGCAGGCGAGGAAAUGGGGCGAGUAAGCUGGUUCGAGGAAUGGUGAAGUGUGAUCUAGCGUUGAUCUAGCGUGGCGUUUGGGACAUUCAGCGGUGGGCUGCGGUUAAGGACGACUGGCAGAGGCGCUAUCGACACAUAGCUUACUCACAUAGGGGAUACGAUGCAGCACGAGGCUUCCAUUGAUAGCUCCACCAGUGCCGAAUUUGCAUGCAUG